AUGGCAGACACUGGAUGGAGUUGGCGCGGGAAGAUGCAAAGGCAAUUUAGUGGCACGCGGCGAUGGAAGGAAAUGAAAAACAUCCGCCGAACUUCCUCCACUGCGCCUCUCAAUCCCAAUAUCCCCAGACUUUCCCCUCCCCCAAUGGCCUCAGUAGCUCGGUCGCUGGGCCGCUCGGCCUUCUUUAUGGCCCGGAGAGGGCCUAUCGUCACCCCCUUCCGCCAAUUCUCCGUGACGCCCAUUUCCCUCGUCUCUGAAGAUCCGCUCGUCCCUGAGGAGCCCAAGCGCCCUCGUCCGCAGGACCUGCCCCCGGCACCCGAAUACUCGCCCGAUUUCCUCUCGAAAGAGGAGCGGGAGCAAUAUGACUUGAUGUCUCCGGAAGAGCGACAGGAGUUCGACGAAGCGAACCGUGCUCUUGUUUCCGAAUACAACGACCCCGAGGCCCGUGCCGCCAUGUUCGCCGAGCUCGACAAGGAAGUCUUCCAGAUCGAAAGACAAACAUAUCUGCGAUUCGAGGAACCGAAAAUCAGAUCGAACGGAUUCUGGGCGGAAGACGAACCAGACGAUUUGGCUCUCGUCGAGGACGGUGAUGAGGAUUUCAACGAUGACGAAAUGACGAGCAUGGCCUACGCACAACUCGAACAGCAUCGUGAAAUCAGAGAAUACGCUCGAAUCGCCGCUUGGGAUAUGCCAUUGCUGAGCAAGCUCGCCAAACCCUUCACUCUCCCUCCCGAAUCUCACAUCCUCCGCUUCCGCUACACGACAUACAUGGGCGAGCAGCACCCCGCCGAACCCAAGGUCGUCGUGGAGCUGUCGUCCAAAGAUCUGACCCCCAAAUACCUCACCGAAGCGCAACGCCAGACCUUCCUUAAACUCGUCGGUGUCCGCUACAACCCCCAAACCGAUAUUGUGCGCAUGUCCUGCGAGAAAUUCCCGCUUCGCGCCCAAAACAAGCGCUACCUUGGUGACACCAUCAAGUCGUUGAUCAAGGAAGCGAAGGAGGGUGACUCAUUCGCCGACAUCCCUCUCGAUCUGCGUCACCACAAGCCCAAGGUUACGCGCCGCUUCCCUGAGUCCUGGGUUAUGACGCCCGAGCGCAAGAAGCAGCUGGAGGCCACUCGUGCUGAGAGACAGCGUCAGCAGCAGGAGCGGGUGGACGGCAACAAGGUCGUUCUGCAGGCGGCGCGGACCCUGCCGGCUUUGAACCCUGCGUUGAACGCAAAGGCCACGGAAGAGCGGGAGAAGGUUGCGGUGAAGGUCAAUGCGAAGGCUCAGAAGAAGAGGGUUCGGGCGGCGCAUAUUUCGCACGGUUGUAUUAGACACUUUAUCUUAUGUCAAUGUAUUAUAUCUCAUUCAUCGUUAACUGGCACUUUACUUACUUUCUUACCUUUAUCGAUCCCGACAUUGUCCGAUCGUACCUAA